AUAUGAAAACUCAAUGGGGUCAUCCAAAAACAUAAUAAAUGAGCCUGUUGACAUGGAGGAAGGCUAUAACAUGAUGGCUUCUUUCCAGCGCUCCAAUAGCCAUGAUAAAGUGAGGAAAAUAGUUGCAGAAGAGGGACGUACAGCAAGGAACCUAAUUGCAUGGAGUGUUCCACUCGAAAACAAAGAUGAUGAUGGAAAAUCCAAGUGGCAAGCUGGUGGAAAAACAAAGAGGGUGACUCAAGGAACACACAAGACUGCAAAACAGAACACUACCAUAGACUGUAAAUUAACAGCAGCAGCUGGAGAUAAAAACUUUGACAAAAGCCCAACAAAAACAAGACAGCCUCGAAAAGUUGAUCUGCGAGCUCGAUACUGGGCAUUUCUUUUUGACAAUCUUAGACGGGCAGUUGAUGAAAUCUAUGUUACAUGUGAAUCGGAUCAGAGUGUAGUAGAAUGCAAGGAAGUCCUGAUGAUGCUUGAUAACUAUGUAAGGGACUUCAAAGCCCUGAUUGACUGGAUACAGCUACAGGAGAAGCUAGAAAAGGCUGAUGCUCAAAGCAGACCUACUUCACUAGCCUGGGAAGUGAAGAAGAUGUCUCCUGGACGCCAUGUGAUACCAAGUCCCUCAACAGAUAGAAUUAAUGUGACGUCAAAUGCUCGAAGAAGUUUAAAUUUUGGGAACCCAUCAGUAACGAUUUCUGCAACACGCCUGGCUCCUUCUGGUGUUAGUUGGGCUGAUAAGGUAAAAGCCAACCAUGGAACUAAAGCUGCUAAUCCUGAGCUAGCAACACCACCAACCUGCCUGCCAACUCCAGCACAGAAGUCACCACGAAAAAAUGAUCGAAAGGAUGCAGAGGGCUGGGAAACAGUUCAGCGUGGAAGGCCUGUUCGAUCUCGAUCCAUGGCUUUGGCAACAAAACCUGUAGCUGCAGAAUCACUGAAGUCCAGAGGUGACAGUGACAAAGAAAAUGUCAUUUCGCCACCAUUGGAGAGUAAGCAUAGGAGUUCACUCACUGACAGUGGUGCAUCCAAAAGCACAGAGCUUGCACAGAAAGAUCCUUUACAUCAGUCUGAACAUCCUCUUACUGAGAGGACUCAGUCCACAGCACACACAUCGGAAGAUAAGGGGAGCACUGGCACACUCUUGCAAGAAGAUUCCUUACAAACGGUUUCUGAGGUGCCUCCAGUUCUCACAAAUACUGACAGUACUUCAGCGACUCCCCAGAUGAAUGAAGCUUCCUCUGUGAUCUCUGAUGGUGUAGACCAACUUAAGACAGAAAAAGCUAGAACUGAAACUGAAAUGGAUCCCUCAGAUAUUUCAAAUUCUAUGGCAGAAGUCCUUGCUAAGAAAGAAGAGUUGGCAGAUCGCCUGGAAAAGGCAAAUGAAGAAGCUAUUGCUAGUGCAAUUGCAGAAGAAGAGCAAUUAACUAGAGAGAUUGAAGCAGAGGAAAACAAUGACAUUAAUAUUGAGACUGACAAUGAUAGUGAUUUCUCUGCUAGUAUGGGCAAUGGAAGCAUAUCUUUUUGCGGUAUGUCUAUGGACUGGAAUGAUGUCUUGGCAGAUUAUGAAGCCCGGGAGUCAUGGCGCCAGAGUAAUUCUUGGGGAGACAGAGUGGAAGAAGAGCCUGCACGUCCACCUGGCCAUGGAAUACACAUGCACGAGAAACUGUCGUCACCAUCACGCAAAAGAACAAUAGCAGAAUCCAAAAAGAAACAUGAAGAGAAACAGAUGAAAGCUCAACAGCUGAGAGAAAAGUUACGUGAAGAAAAGACACUGAAGCUUCAAAAAUUAAUGGAAAGGGAGAAAGAUGUACGGAAAUGGAAAGAAGAAUUAUUAGAUCAAAGACGCAGGAUGAUGGAGGAAAAAUUACUCCAUGCGGAGUUUAAACGUGAAGUGCAGCUACAAGCAAUUGUGAAAAAAGCACAAGAGGAAGAAGCUAAGGUAAAUGAAAUUGCAUUUAUAAACACCUUGGAAGCUCAGAACAAACGUCAUGAUGUGCUGAAUAAGUUAAAAGAAUAUGAACAACGUUUAAAUGAAUUGCAAGAAGAGCGUCAACGAAGGCAAGAGGAAAAGCAAGCACGUGAUGAAGCUGUUCAGGAGCGCAAAAGAGCCCUGGAAGCAGAACGGCAGGCCCGAGUUGAAGAGCUGCUGAUGAAGAGGAAAGAACAAGAAGCACGGAUUGAGCAGCAGAGGCAAGAGAAAGAAAAAGCACGGGAAGAUGCAGCACGGGAAAGAGCAAGAGAUCGAGAAGAGAGGUUGGCAGCUCUUACUGCAGCUCAACAAGAAGCCAUGGAAGAACUGCAGAAGAAGAUUCAGCUGAAGCAUGAUGAAAGUAUUAGAAGACACAUGGAACAAAUUGAACAAAGAAAAGAGAAAGCAGCUGAAUUAAGUAGUGGAAGACAUGCUAAUACUGAUUAUGCUCCUAAACUUACACCAUAUGAACGAAAAAAACAGUGCUCGUUAUGCAGUGUAAUGAUUUCAUCGGAAGUGUACCUUUUUAGCCACAUUAAAGGGAAAAAACACCAACAAGCUGUGAGAGAAAACAGUAGUAUACAAGGACGAGAGCUUUCAGAUGAAGAAGUGGAGCACCUGUCAUUAAAAAAAUACAUUGUGGAUAUUGUGAUUGAGAGUUCUCUUCCUGUGGAACCAUUGAAAGAAGGAGAGGAAAAGCAAAAAAAUAAAAAGAAAGCCAAAAAGUUGAAAGCACGGAUGAACUCCAGGGCAAAGGAAUAUGAGAGUUUGAUGGAAGCAAAAAAUGCCGUCUCCGAUUCCCCAUUUAAAGCCAAGUUACAGCGAUUAGCAAAAGACCUUUUCAAGCAUCUCCAGAUGCAGGAUAGCGGUUUGUUGGCAAACAACAAGGUUUCUGCACUGGACCGGACUUUAGGAGAGAUCUCUCGUAUUCUGGAAAAAGAGAACACAGCAGAUCAAAUAGCAUUUCGGGCUGCAGGAGGACUGAUGGCCCUUGAACAUAUUCUUCAAGCAGUGACUUCUCCCACCAACCUGAAUGCAGUUUCACGGGUUCCUUUUAAGUCACUCUGCAAUACGGUAAAUGCUUAUGGCCUCGCCUGUAGUAAUUGCACAGAAAACUGCAUCUAUAUCCUUUUCAGUAAUAAGAUCACUUUUCUAAUGGACCUAUUGAUGCACCAGUUGACGGUUAAUGUUCCAGAUGAUCAUAAUGCUACUUCAGGAAGAAGUGCAAAUAAACAGGUGUUUGAAGGUCUAACAACAGGACUUCUGAGGAUAACUGCCAUGAUUUUCAGAUGCCUAAUCUCCAGCUUCCCAGAUGGGAACAACUACUCUACAGCACUGAAGAUAAUACAGGAAGUGAAGAGCAAAUCCUCACAAGUGGAGGCCUUCAACAGCAGAGUCCAAGACCUGAUCAGCUACGUGGUGAACAUAGGAUUGAUAGACAAGUUGUGUUGCUGUUUCCUCUCCGUUCAAGGCCCCGUUGAUGAGAAUCCAAAAAUAGCAACUUUUCUACAGAAUGCCACAGCAGUGUUGCAUGGAAUAUGUCAACUGUGUUUUGCUGUCAAUGGAAGAUCUUGGAACAUAUUUGACAAUACACGUCAGGAUCCCACAGGACUAACAGCGGUUCUUCAGUCUACAGAUCUGGUUGGAGUCUUGCAUAUGCUGUACUGUGUUCUUUUCCAUGGGACCAUUUCAGAUCCAAACACAGCAAGUCCUAAAGACAGCUAUGCAGAGAACACAAUCCAGGUUGCCAUUCAGAGUUUACGUUUCUUCAAUAGUUUUGCUGUUCUUGAUCUGCCUGCUUUUCAGUCCAUUGUGGGUGCCGAAGGACUGUCCCUUGCGUUCCGCCAUAUUACCAGCUCUUUGCUCUGGUACUGUUCUCAGCAUACCUGUGAAAGAUUGCUGCAUGAAGUCAUUAUUUGUGUGGGCUAUUUUACUGUAAACAACACAGAUAAUCAGGCUUCAAAUUAUGAAUUCUUCAUUUUCAUCAGUUGAGUUACACCUCUAAAUGAGUAGAGGGUCUUGCCUAGAACAGCAGCCUGAAGUUCAAAGUGGUGCAUCCUCAAAGUUGAAGAUCUUAUCUAAAUGUGAAGAUGAUUCUUGAAAAAUAAUGCAAGGUCCAAUUCUGAUCAUUUCAGUGUUCAGACCCAUACGUAAGGAACUGAGAUGUGGUAGAUUUUGGUGGAUUUUUUUUUUAAGCUUAUACAUGUAUUUCGCAACACAUUAGGUGUAUAAUAAUAUUAUCCUCUGAUAAAAAAUAAAUAGUCCAACACUUAAACAUAUAAAUCCACCGUUAGGUUAUUUUGGAAACUAUAAAGCUUAACUUUUUCUAGAAAGUAAUGUUACCCUUGAAUUUAACAAGAUAUUUAAAUACGUGCUUGACAUUAAGCAUGAGAACAACCUCACGUGUUUAAACGUUUAUUUUCUUGUCAUUAUGUUAAAUGCUAAAAUGCCAUCAUUUUUAAAGUAAAGCUUUUCUGUACUGCUUUUCCUUAGUACUCUUCCUGGUUCGGCUGUUAGGUUACCAGGUAAUCCUGUAGCCUGGGCAUGUGCUGAAUUCUCAGGUAGCCUCAGUGCGUAUUGGAAUCAUUUCCUUUCUCUUCUCACCUUUUAGUCAAGCUAAUAUUUUAAAUGUAUUUAUUGAUUAAUUGAAUCUCUAUAGUCUUUGUUCUUUUAACUAAGGUACCUUGUUGCUUAUCAUUUUGAGUGACAUUUUUUCAAGAGUUUCACACCAAGAACUUCUUUAUCUAGGUUUCCCACUAGUAUCGCUGUUGAUAAGCAUUUUUACAUUUUUAAACAUAUCACUGUACUUGUAUUUGCUGUUAUCCUAUCUGCAUGUUCAAAGAGCUUUGGAUGAUUCUACAAAAACUGCUCAGAUAUUUUUUUCUUUUCUUAUGCAUGCCCAGAGCACCACAAAGCACUGUGCUCUUAAACCAUAGAGCUAGCUCUGAAAGGACACCACUCAUAAUGUGGUUUAUAGGAAGACAAAUGCUAUUUCUGAACUCUGUUAUCUGCCCAAUUUCUCUCGGAAAGCUUGUGUGUGCUGUUAAGAAAAUAAACACUGAAAUAUUUCAAAUAGACCAAAUUCUUAUUUUAAAAUUUGAAUGUAGCAUUUUGGAACAUUGCUUUUGCAUAGAAACAGUGCUCUGAUUCCUGAUAAAUGUUAGAAGGAGUUUAGAACAUUCUUUGCUCAGAGCCUUGCCAAUAGUGGAGUUUGCAAAAUGGAAAGAAAAGAGCUUGACCUUAAAACAGAAGAAGAGCCUAAGUGGUGACAUAUUCCGCUGAUUAAAUACUAGCAGUAUGGGAUCUGUUUAUAUAGAAGCAAAGAAAUAAUGCAGAACUAACUUUGAAGAGAAACUCUGGACUACUAAUAUAAAGACUUAUUUCUUUUACAAAGUUAUAAAUAACCUGACAUCAAACAAAAGUGUUUAACUGUUUGAUGUAUUCUCUGUAGUUACAGAGUCAAUGCACAGUUCAGCUCUUAUUCAAUAAAGCUAUUAGUUGUGUGUGCCAAUCAGAACUGACUUUGAUAGAAAUUAUAAAUAGAAAAGAAGCAUUAAUAGUUCCCAUACCAACAGUACAAUUUUAAGAGCCAAAUGUUUACAAUGGCCAUGUCCAAGUUGGGAACUGUAGGUCAUGCAAGAUUGUGGAAGUGCCAGGGGGUGCCCCUUAGAGAACCGUGAGCCUUUCAGUCAGCAUUGUUUGGAGAAUAUUGUGUCUGAACCUGAAAUAGGUUACAGCAGAAGACCACAGUCAAAGUGAACAUUUUAAUGCUUUGCUUCACUUAAAAAA